AGAAAAUAAAAGUGGAGCUGUUUCUUGUCCUAUGUAUUCACCAGAUCGUCUUGAAAUCUAUCUAAAAUGACAGCUCUUUCUUCAGAGAACUGCUCUUUUCAGCACCUGUUACACCAGUCAAAGCAGCCCCUAGAUGUUAACUGUCUGUUGUUCUUGAUCAUACUUGGGAAAAUACUAUUAAAUAUCCUCAUCCUAGGAAUGAAAAGGAAAGAUACCUAUUGGAGUUUUAUGGAGUAUUUCUGCUUUUCACUAGCAUUUGUUGAUCUUCUGCUGUUGGUAAACAUUUCUAUUCUGUCCUACUUUAGGGACUUUGUAGUUCUAGGUAUUAGGUUUACAAAAUACCACAUCUGUCUGCUCACACAAAUCAUUUCCUUCACUUAUGGUGUUUUGCAUUAUCCAGUUUGCUUACUAGCUUGUAUAGAUCACUAUUUAAAUCUGUCUAGAGCCACCAAGCAUUCAUCUAAGUGGCAAAAGUUCUUUUAUUUCUUGACAGUCAUUUUAAUUUGGACUUCAGUCUUUGCUUAUGUUUUGGGAGAGCCAGCUAUCUCACAAAGCCUGAAGACACACAGGGCUUCUAUGUACCAAUGCCCUUCCUAUGUCAGCACUCAGAGUUACUGGAUGUCAUUGUCUAUGCUGAUGGUUUUAUUGGUGGCUUUUCUGAUUUCAUGGCCAGAAGUUGUUGCCUUGGUACAGGCAAUUAGGAUAGCAUCCUAUAUGAACAAGACCAUCCUCUACUUUCCUUUCCCAUCCCACUCUGGCUCCAGAGUGAGGUCUAAAGAAGCACUCUUGCCCCGGCUCGUUGUGUGCUUUCUUGGUACCUGGUUUCCCUUUGUAGCACUUCAGGUCCUCACCCUGUCACUUGGAGUUCAGAUCCCAGCAUAUGUAGAAAUGAACGUCCCCUGGCUCUACUUUGUCAACAGUUUUCUCAUUGCUGCAGUUUAUUGGUUCAACUCCCAGAAGCUUUAUAUAAGAGACAGCACAUUACCUGUGGAUCCUUUUGUCAACUGGAAAUGCUGUUUUGUUCCAAUGCAUAGACUUAAGCAAGUGGAGAGGCCCGUUUCCAUAAUCAUCUGUUGAUAUGCUACUGUGUUGGGAGAACUCCAGAAGCACCAAGGAUCAGUCUUACAAGCAGGACAGAGGGGAUUCAGGUCACGUUCCUGAAGCUCUACUUUUUUCAGCACAGCCUCUAAGGUGUGGUGGAUAUUAAAUAGUGCUAAGGACACAGUAACACAAUGAAGUUUUUAUGCCUGUUCAGCAACAUUGUGUAUUUGGACAUGUGUGUUUGGUACUAAUCCAAAAGUAAAAUAAACACAUUAACAUGU